AUGCAAUUUCAUUGGAUUGCUCCACUCACACUUGUCCCAUUUGUACAAAGACGAAAAAAGAUAGCAUAUAUUCUUGCUAUUAUGUAUGUUUUUAUUGGUAUGAGGUCGACUUUAGGUCUUCUCUAUUAUUCUAAUUAUAAUCCAAAUAUGAUGCGUAAUGCUCUUGAACCAUCUGCAAAUGUUAAUGGUCAGACCUAUUUUAAUGUUAUCUAUGUUACCCCAUGGCGUCGAAUUUCAUCUUAUGCCAUAGGACUUCUUACUGGUUCUAUGGUAACUAAUCAAUACACGUCAUACAUAUUGUGUUCAUAG